AUGUCUAACAUCUGUACGCUGGAUGGCAACGCUGACCUCUACGGACGAGGUGUUCGGGUUGGAUACUACCUCCAAUGGUAUGCCGGCAUUCUUGCAACAUGGAUAUGUCCCAGCGAGGUCCCGAAGAUACGCAUCGCCAACACCUUUUUCACCUCGGCAGUAUUCAUCGCCCUACUAGUACAAAUUAGCAGAUCUACCACAUUCGAAGUCAUCGACAUCUACAUCACCAUGCUGUUCACUUUCGGGUGGGCUGUUACCGGGCUGGUCGUUCUGCUCUGGCGCAUCGCUACCGGUUUUGAUGUACGCUGGGAUCCGAGCCUCUACCACAGGAACAAGCUUACAACGGGUCAUCUAUUCCAAUCUUACUAUCCCCUCUUUCUAAAUGUGGUGUUCGUAUUCCAGAUAUGGUUUUGGACGACGAAGCUUGGUGCGACCGACCUACAGGAUUGUCCACGGAACGGCUUCUUGUUUGUGAAGAUCGCUCUCAACAACAGAUGGUUUAGAGCGCUGAAUGCAUCUAUCUACGUUCUGUUGCUUGCCCUGACGACCCUCUUCCUGGUCGCGAAUUUCAAACCCAUCGCUGCGGUUGGCGGCUCUGGAAUCUACAACCGCUUGACCCAGACGAGAAGCGUUUCUGCAUCCCUCGCCAUGUCCUACUAUAUAUUCAACACACUUGCCGAUCUCUUCGUCGCAACCACGAUUCUGAUUGGCACGGAGCUCUCGAUUCGCUGGAACAACAUCACCGGUGUAUCAUCCAUAACUAGCCCAGGGCAACUGAUCCCUUUGCUGAUUGGAAUUGCCUGUGCUAUAAGAGUCCUAUAUGGCGGUGGGAGAAGGCUCUUUAACAAAACCCGACUCACCAUUCCAGGGGUUCUGGGGCCCUCCACCCACGAUCCCGACGAGAACAUGCAGGAUCAAACCAACGGUCCACCAGGCUCACACAAUGAUGAACCUGCUCCACUCGAACUUACCGCAGCCUCAACGCCAUUGCAGGGCCCUGAUAUAGCGUUGCAACACUUAGAAUUUCCACAAUUGCUUCUCAAUUCUUUCGGUCCACCUCCAACAGCAUUGCAGGACCCUGAUAUUCCGACGCAACACUUAGAAUUUCCACAAGAGCCUCCAACAGCAUUGCAGGACCCUGAUAUUCCGAUGCAACACUUAGAAUUUCCACAAGAGCCUUCCGAUUUUUACAAUCUAUUCACGCCACACCCUUCCUCUCAAUCUGUGCCCCGGACCGUCCGCCGCGCUACUUCGACAUCAACGUCAAUCUCACCCACGUCCCAGCAGCAGCCAAGCCUGACCCCGAGAACCUCGAAGAAGGUCACUGUUAUUGGCAGUUACGGCGGCGGCAAUUCGGUCUACUACGGUGGCGGCGGCGGAGGCGGGCCGCGCGAUGGCGGGUAG